CAGAGUCAGGCGAAAGAAGACAAUAUGUCAAUUUUGGUCAUGUCUUUUGCGAUGAGUAUAUUACUGUCAUGGUUUUAGCAGUGUUACAGAGGUGAGCGGCAAUGUAUAGCUGCGUAGCGCUGUUUGACGGACCGGAGCGGCUGCGCAUAUGUUAACGCACAACAAUCCUUUUAGUUCGCACUUAAACUUUGUGAGAACUUUGCGGCAUCUCUUCUCAUUUUGACUGGCGAGGUGAGACAGCGCGAAGCAUGGCGACACAAAACGACUGCUCUGUCAAGGUCUCUUUAAGGAUCCGGCCACAGAUGGCAAAGGAAAAGAUUGAGGGAUGUCACAUCUGUACCUCCGUGACUCCUGGAGAGCCUCAAUUGCUCCUGGGAAAAGACAAGGCCUUUACGUAUGACUUUGUGUUUGAUAUGGAUGCCCAACAACAACAAAUCUACAGCGCCUGUGUCCAUAGGCUUAUUGAAGGCUGCUUUGAUGGAUACAACGCUACUGUCUUCGCUUACGGACAAACUGGUUCAGGAAAGACCUACACCAUGGGCUCUGGCUUUGACUUGACUAUGGCAGAUGAUGAGCAGGGCAUCAUCCCUAGAGCAGUGCAACAACUCUUCCAGGGCAUCCAGAAACGUAGACUAGAGGCACAGAGCGCAGACAUGCCGCUGCCAGAAUUCAAAGUCAGCGCCCAGUUCCUGGAGCUCUAUAACGAGGAGAUCCUGGACCUAUUUGACAGCACUCGUGACCCUGAGGCUCGAAACAGGAAGUCCAACAUUAAGAUCCAUGAGGAUGGGAGCGGAGGGAUCUACACCACAGGAGUGACUUCACGGCUGGUCAGCUCUGAAGAUGAGCUCCUGCAGUGUUUGAAACUGGGCGCUCUGUCCCGCACCACUGCCAGCACACAGAUGAAUGCCCAGAGCUCCCGCUCUCAUGCCAUCUUCACCAUCCACCUCUGCCAGAUGAGGGUGUGCCCACAGCCACACCUGGAGAAUGGAGAGAUGAACGGCAUAUCUGAUAGCUCCAUCUCUCAGCCCGAGUACGAGACGCUCACUGCUAAGUUUCACUUUGUAGAUCUGGCAGGCUCAGAGCGCCUCAAGCGCACAGGAGCCACUGGAGAGAGAGCGAGAGAGGGCAUUUCUAUCAACUGUGGUCUGCUGGCCCUGGGUAAUGUGAUCAGUGCAUUGGGAGAGCAGUGUAAGAAGGUGGGUCAUGUGCCUUACAGAGACUCUAAACUCACACGUCUGCUGCAGGACUCGCUGGGAGGAAACAGUCGGACAGUAAUGAUUGCCUGUGUGAGCCCCUCUGACCGUGAUUUUAUGGAGACCCUGAGUACCCUGAAGUACGCUAACAGGGCUCGAAAUAUAAAGAACAAAGUGAUCAUGAACCAGGACAAAACCAGUCAGCAGAUCAACGCCUUACGAACAGAGAUUGCACGCCUGCAGAUGGAGCUCAUGGAGUACAAAGCGGGAAAGCGAGUGGCUUGUGAAGAUGGAUCUGAGGGCUUUAGCGAUUUGUUUCAGGAGAACUCAAUGCUCCAGAAAGAGAACGAUACACUGCGUAUGCGGGUCAAAGCCAUGCAAGAAACCAUUGACCACCUCAAUACCCGAGUAACCCACCUACUCACCAGCGGAGUUAAUCUGCUGCUCACUAAGACAGGUGAAACAAAUGAGGAGAUUGGAAAUCUAAUUCAAAACUACAUCAGAGAGAUUGAAGAGCUCAGGUCUAAGCUGUUAGAGAGUGAGGCCAUGAAUGAGUCUCUGAGACGCAGUUUGUCUCGCCUCUCUUCCCGCUCUCUGUACCCUGCCUCCAACCCCGCUGCUCCGGGACUCUCUCUUGGCUCCUCCCCCUCUGUUUCCAUGGAUGCAGAGAUGACAGAUGUGAUUUGUCAAGCCAAAUUAGAUGUAGAGAGGCUGAAGAAGAAGGAGAGAAAUCAAACCAGGAAGAGUCCUGAGAAAGAAAAGGGUCUGAAGAAGAGACCCAAACUUCAUCCCCAGGAAAACGCAGAAAAGAGAGAGAAUGGACUGAGCAGAGAAAACGAAGAGAGACGAGAAAACGGAGACGGGGAUUCAGAUAAUGAACCUGAAGAGGAUGGCAUGUAUCCUCUUCAGGAGGACGAUCAGGGGGAGAGUGGCUGUGAGGAGGAAGAGGAGAUCAGGGAGGAGGAUGAGUUUGAUAGUGACGAGAACCUAGUGGACUCUGACUCUGAUUCAGAUGAGAAAGUGAACUUGCAGGCAGAUCUUGCGGAUCUGACGUGUGAGAUCGAGAUCAAACAGAGACUGAUCGAUGAGCUGGAGAACAGCCAACGGCGGCUGCUCAUGCUGAAGAGUCAGUACGAGGAGAAACUCAUUCUGCUUCAGAACAAGAUCAGAGACACACAACUGGAGAGAGACCGCGUGCUACACAACCUCAUGUCCAUGGAGAACUACACUGAAGAGAAGGCUAGUAAGAUUAAAUCGGAGUACGAGAAGCGUCUGAAAGAGAUGAACAGAGAUCUGUUGAAGCUGCAGGUUGCUCAGAAAGAACACGCUCGUUUACUGAAGAACCAGUGCCGCUACGAGAGAGAGUUGAAGAAGCUGCAGUCUGAGGUUGCUGAGAUGAAGAAAGCCAAGGUGGUGCUGAUGAAGCAGAUGAAGGAGGAGCAGCAGAGGAGGAGGAUGAUUGAAGCCAACAGGAACAGAGAAAUCGCACAACUGAAGAAAGAGCAGCGACGACAAGAGUAUCAGAUCCGAGCUUUGGAGUCUCAAAAGCGGCAGCAGGAGAUCGUGUUGAGGAGGAAGACGCAGGAAGUGACGGCCCUGAGACGUAUGGCCAAACCCAUGUCGGAGCGUGUGGCUGGACGUGUGGUCCGCAGACUCACCAGUGUGAGCCCUGGAACUGAGCUCUCCGCUAGCAUGACAACGGCCUCCUCUGAACCUGAGUCAACUCGCUCUGUGUCCAGCAUCAUAAGGCAUUGGAACACCAAACUGAAUGGAUACCUUGGAGAGAAUGAGAGUAAUGGGAGUAGAGGAAGUCUGGCCAGUGGUAAAAAGAAGCUCCAGCGGAAGGGUACAAGCCCGAGUUUCUCAAAGACAGCCCGUCAGAAGUGGCAGGCUUUAGAGAGGAGAAUCAUGGAUAUUGUGAUUCAGAGAAUGACCAUCACCAAUGUAGAAGCUGAUAUGGAUCGCCUUAUUAAGAAACGUGAGGAGCUGGCCAUGCAGCAGGAGGCGCUGUUGCGUAAGAGGGAGAAAUUACUGCAUGAGGGCUUUGGAGAGGAGGAGGAGGACAGAGUCCUUCAGGAGAUGAAUGAGGAGAUUGAAGUUCUCAAUGCCAACAUCGACUACAUCAAUGACAGCCUGGCAGAGUGCCAGGCCACCAUCGUACAGAUCGAAGAGACCAAGGAUGAGCUGGACUCUGUGGACACCUCAGUGGUCAUCAGCUCCUGCUCGCUGGCUGAAGCUCGUUCUCUCCUGGACUACUUCCUUAAAGCCUCUAUUGACAAGGGCUUGCAAGUUGCUCAGAAAGAGGCUCAGAUUCGACUGCUGGAGGGUCAGUUGCGGCAGACAGACGUGAUUGGCUCUUCACAAAAUCACAUGAUCCUGGACGCUCUGAGGGAAAAGGCAGAGUGUAUCCCUGAGUUACAGGCCCUAAUCCACAAUGUCCAGCAGGAGAAUGGUUAUGCAAGCACAGAUGAAGAGGCAUCAGAGUUCAGUCAGGCAUCUGAGAAUGGUUUUUGCCAAAUGAAGCUGUCGGCGAGUCAAGAUGACUUCAAGAUGAAGGUUGAACCCCUGCUCUCGGCACAAAUGAAAGCAGUGUCCGCUGAGUACUUGGGCCCUAUACUGGACCCCACCUCUAAGAACAUCACAAAGUCCUUCGCUUCACUGUCAGAGAUCCACAAGAACGGCCUGGUCCUCAAAGAGCUCUAUUCCAGAGAGCUAGUGUCUCGAACCAUUAGCCUGCCCGUCAGAGGACACACCUUUCCAAGACAAUCCAGAGGGUCAGACACAUCUCCAUUAACAAGGAGACCGUCAUAUGACCGAGGACAGCCAUACAGAAGUCCUGAUGUGGGCUACACCCCACCCUCCUCCCCUCCUCUCCGAACACGCAAUGACCGCAAUGUCUUUUCCCGUCUGACCAGCAACCAAAGUCAGGGCUCUGCACUGGACAAGGGUGUUAUCACUCCCACAGGUGGGCUCAAGGGGGCCAGAACGGCCCCUCUGCAGUGCGUGGCAAUGGCCGAGGGCCACACCAAACCUGUGCUCUGCCUGGAUGCCACGGACGAACUGCUUUUCACUGGAUCCAAAGAUCGAACCUGCAAGAUGUGGAAUCUUGUAACUGGACAGGAAAUAGGGGCGCUGAGGGGGCACCCUAACAACGUAGUUUCCGUCAAAUACUGCAGCAACUCUGGCCUGGUCUUUACUGUUUCCACGUCAUUUAUCAAAGUAUGGGACAUUCGCGACUCUGCCAAGUGCAUCCGAACAUUCACGUCAUCGGGUCAGGUGGUCUCAGGUGACGGCUGUGCUGGUACAACCACCCGCACCAUCACCACAGCCCAGGGCGAGUACCAAAUCAACCAGAUUGCCCUCAAUCCCUCUGGAUCAGUUCUGUAUGCUGCUGCAGGCAACACUGUCCGCACCUGGGACCUCAACAGAAUGCAGGCCACAGGAAAGCUGACAGGACACACUGGGUCAGUGAUGUGUCUAACAGUGGGUUAUUCUGGUGGGGGCAAAGACCAGGUCAUCACCGGAUCCAAAGAUCACUACGUGAAGAUUUUUGACGUUGCGGAGGGCAGUCAGGGCAACAUUGGACCGGCACAUAACUUCGAGCCCCCUCAUUACGACGGUAUUGAGUGCCUUGCCAUACACGGCGACAUCCUGUUCAGUGGUUCACGUGACAACGGCAUUAAGAAAUGGGAUCUGGGACAGCAGGAACUGAUUCAGCAAAUCCCAAACGCCCACAAGGACUGGGUGUGUGCACUGGCGUUUGUUCCGGGGCGGCCCAUGCUCCUCAGCGCUUGCAGGGCAGGCAUGCUCAAAGUGUGGAACGUGGACAACUUCACCCCUAUCGGAGAGAUCAAGGGCCAUGACAGCCCCAUCAAUGCCAUCUGCACCAACUCCAAACAGAUCUUUACAGCAUCCAGUGACAUGACAGUAAAGAUCUGGCAUCCGAAGAUGGGGAAGAAAAGGUGACAAUCCUGAUUUUGGAAUCAUUGUUAUCGAUGGGGCUCUUUAUUUUUGAGCCGGCUGCCAAUUGGAUGUGACAGUCCAACUUUAUGGUGCCUAAAGCUGUCCUUGGCAUGAAGUCCCUGGUUCAGAGGUCUCAUUUCAGAAAGUCGGUUAGAUGGACCUUCCCAAAGGAGAAGAGACACAGCUGUGUUUAGAAGACACAAACCUUCAACAUCUCAGAAAAUGAAGCCAACAGUCUGUCCGAGGAACUGCCAUUUACCAUCUUCUGGAUGUUUUAUUGGUGCCAUUUUGGUUACACCUCAUUUGACACUGAAAUUGUAGCAUCUGUACUAUGAAGUGUCCGUUUGCAUUUCCUGUCUAGGAAAAAAGUCCUUGUGACAUCUUUGUCUGCAGCUGCUGUUUUUUUUCUGCGUAAUUUCCAUGUCAAGGACAACAAAGAAUACAAGAUGAAGGAAGGCCACUUCAGAGUUGCACUGACAUGAAGUUUUUUUUUCUUCAUCCUAGAGAGCCAUAUGACUUUGGUCAGAGGCUUGUCACUAUAACCAUUGCCAGUUAGUCUCCAGAAAAUUCCUUAAUGACUGUAGUUGAAGACUAGAUGAAGAUGAGCAGAUGCAAUGUUGUCCAACUCAGUUCUGAGACAUUGUGCAAUAGUACGGUCCUCCACUUAUUUCAAUGACCUCCUCUACGGGAGGUUUCUCUGAACAUUUCAAAAGGCUAACGACUUCCUUAAAACUUCCUUAAACCACAGGCAAACACUGGGCACCACUUUGUACAACCCUUCCGACAGGCUUCCUUUGCUUUUGAAAUCCAUUGUUUCCCUGUUGCUGUUGCCAUUGUUUCUCUGUUGCUGUGAAUUUUUACUUUGUCUACCUCAGGUUUAAAUUACAUUUCGGUUUGCCGGAUCCCAGCUUUAUUAUCCGUGAUGUGUAGAUAGAGGUCUCAGAAGUGGAAUGCAAAAUUUAGAGUCUGCUGAGUGAGCAUUUUGAGGGUGUGCACAUAAUAUGCCCAGUUUACCAGGGGACUGUUGGGUUUAUUAUUACUAACAGGAUGUUCUACUUAAACUCAUAGAAUUAGAGCUGCCUCAGAUUCAAACGUCUGAUUAUUUGGCAGCGAUCCCCCUGUGGACACCAGAAAAUGGCCCAACCAUGUUGCUGCACACAGUUUUGUCAUCUUGGAACGAUAGAGGAGAUAGCUUUAACGCAGUUAUUAUUGCAGAACUGUUUUAGACAAUCCGACCCUGGAUUGUUAGAUGAAUUGUUUUUUUUAAUUAUUUGCCCAAUAUUUAUAUUGGGCAAAAUAAAACGACCAAACAAUACAUUGCUUGGGACAAACCAUACCAACCUAUACCACUA